CCCAAAACUAUAUUUGAUAUGAGAUCAGAUAUUUUAUUAUUUAUUUGUCAAUGUAGUAACACGAUUUAGUUUCACAAAUUUUUACACUUUUAACAAAGGAAAAUGUGCUUUUUGGGCUUCACUGUACUCAGAUUCCUUACCUUCAUUUUUUCUUCGCUUCUCUCAAUAUGCAUCAUGGCAGGAAUUUGUGCAUCGAUCAAUAAUCUUGAUCAUUAUAAUCAGAAAAUUCAGAUUAUUUUAUGCUUUACGCUAGCCUUUGAUUUGCUCAUGAACGUGGCUAUAUUUUUAGGACUCUAUGGCGUAAUACGUCGUAUUUUAAAAAAUAUUUAUCUGUAUAUUUGCGCUUUGGUUUGCUUCUUUGUUGUCAAGAUCACAGUUUCUAAGGCCAUACAGAAUUUCGAUAAAAAGGAAACUGAUAUUAUCAUCACUUUUUGGUAUCAAUUGGACGUAGUCCUGGCUGGCUUUUGCUUGAUGACUGCCACGCCAUUCUCUUUGAAGUUGUCGGAGAAACAAGAUGAUAUCGUAUAAAUUGAAGUUUGUGGCGUUUAAAUUUUAAGUUAAUAGUGUAAAGGAUAUUUUCUGUGACAGUCGAUUAACAGCUGUAAUCCUUAUUUAAGUUUGUAUAUCAUUUAAA